CGCACACUCACAGCAAUGGCAAGCGGUAAAAAGAGUGCCCUACUUUCCUCUUUGGCAGACUAUGGAGACGAUUCAGAGCCUGACUCUGAACCAGAACCAGAAGAGACAGGGGGGCGUGCUGGGGGUCUGGUGUACGGCUACGAAGACGAUGAGCUGAACCGAACUGAGGACGCCGAAGACAAAGUGUCUGGAGAUGAAGACAGCAGAGAGAGCAACUCGGAAAUGGAAGAAUCUGACGAGGGGAGGGACGCAGAUGAUGUUGAGAUAUCAGAAGCAGAAAGAAAGGACCCCAAUGAGCUUGUUGCUCUGUUCUCAGAGAAGGUGAGGAACAUGUCACCUGAUGAGAUCAGGAUCCCCCCCGAGCCCCCCGGACGCUGCUCCAGCCAGCUGCAGGAGAGGAUCCACAAGCUGUAUGAGAGGAAGCUCCAUGGAGACUUUGACACAAACAGUGUCAUCCAGAAAAAGAAGGAGUUUAGAAACCCGAGUAUUUACGAGAAGCUCAUUCAGUUCUGCGGUAUAGAUGAACUGGGAACAAACUACCCAAAAGACAUGUUUGAUCCUCACGGCUGGUCAGAAGACUCUUACUACGAAGCUCUAGCUAAAGCUCAGAAAGUGGAGAUGGACAAACUGGAGAAAGCCAAGAAGGAGCGCACCAAGAUUGAGUUUGUGACGGGGACUAAGAAGGGCACCAACCCGUCCAACACGGCGGCGUCCACCACCAGCAACACCACCACCACCACAGCCACAGAGGCCCAGAAGAGGAAAAGCAAGUGGGACUCUGCGAUCCCCGUGACCCUGGCCCAGCCCACGCUCAUCACCACCACCGCCACGCUGCCCGCCGUCGUCUCCGUAACGACCACCGCCAGUGGCACCAAGACCACCGUCAUCUCCGCGGUGGGCACCAUCCUGAAGAAGGCGAAGCAGUGAGCGCGACAGACGUUUGUCGGUAAGAUCCAAACAGCGAGUGACGACCUGUGUUGUACGUGAAGCCGGGGGGGACAAAUGAACUGACGGACAUUUUUAGAAACGACCUACAAAUGCCCUCUGCUGCACACGGACUCAGACUGGACUGCCUUCUGUAUCUGGGACUGUCGCAUGGUGAAGACCCCUCUGAAAACCUGAGCGUGAAGCAGAUCUGCUCAUGUCAUUCAUUGUUUUACACUGUUAGUUUAAAGAGAACAUGGCGAUGGUUGAAUAAGGAAAAGCGUCUCCUGCAGACCCUCGAUAAAAUGUUUAUUUUUAUAUCCGUGGUUGUGCAGUAUUUUCUUGCCUCCUUUAGCAGUUAGCUCAACACGUGCAUCGUUUCUCAGCUUUUUUUCCUCAUUAACAUCUGCUCUUGGCUCCGAACUAAGAUUUUUUUACACUUGUACAUAUGUAUUGAUGAUAUGGUGAAUAAAUGGAUCAGAUGUUGCCUUUUCA